UACAUCAAUAUAAUAAUCGACAAUAUGCUUCGUGUAUCGACAAAGCCGAAGGUUUCAUAGUCAAGGUUGGAUUUCAUGUCUAUUGUAUAUAAUUUCAGAUGUCGUCUAAAUCCUCUUUUAGUUGCCUACAUAAUUUACUUAGAACAUACAAUGUUAAAAAAUCAAGUAACUAAUUAAAAAAAAAUUAAAUGACGCAAAUAUUUUUUCUAAUCUUCGUGAGCAUUUGUCUCCCAACAUACUCUUUACUACGAAAUACUUUACCUGAAGAUGGAAGACUUAAUUUUACGGCCCUCGGUGCCAAAUAUGGACAUCCAGUUGAAGAACACGAAGUAACUACUGAAGACGGCUACAUAUUGACCUUCUUUCAUAUUAAAGGGAAAAUAAAACCGCCUGUUUUUAUUAUCCAUGGAAUCGCUGAUACGGCAGACACUUUUAUUAUUAGAGGAAAGACAUCAUUAGUAAUAGCAUUAGCAGAUGCAGGUCAUGACGUCUGGUUAGCGAAUUACAGAGGAAAUAAAUACGGCCGACGUCAUCUUAAGCUGAAUCCAGACAAAGACUUGAAAUUCUGGGACUUUAGUCUUCACGAAGUUGGUUACUACGAUCUUCCAGCUAUGAUAGAUUACAUUCUGCAACAUACUGGAGAAAAGAAGAUACAAACAAUUGGACAUUCGCAAGGAGUAACGACACAGUUCGUGCUUUUGUCAAAAAGACCAGAAUAUAAUGAGAAGAUUGAAAUUAUGGUUGGAUUAGCACCAGUGGCUUUUUUGAGUGAUGUGAGAUUCCCAGUGUCUCUCAUUGCGCAAUUUGGACCUAUGCUUGGUGAAGUUUUUAAAGCUAUAGGUGUAGAAGAAACGUUUCCGGAGAAAUCAUCAACGACUGCAUUAGUAAGAUUCAUUUGUAGUCAAGAUGUGUUCAGCUACGAAAUGUGCUUUCUAUUAUUUGGCUUCCAUUUCGUUGGGUUUGAUACAAAGCGCUUUGAACCGAGUUUUUUAAAGGUUCUUAUGGGGCACUACCCAGGAGGAACAUCGAGAAAAAAUUUCAUGCAUGUCAACCAGUUAGUCUUAAGUAAAAGAUUUUGUGAAUUUGACUACGGCCCUAAAGGCAACCUAGAACAUUACGGUUAUAUAGUACCGCCCGAUUAUAAUUUACAUAAAGUGACUACAAAAGUUGCGUUGUUCGUUGGGGAAAACGAUGUAUUAUGUACAAUAAAAGAUGUAGAUAUGCUACGUACCAACUUACCUAAUGUAGUACACUACCAUGUUAUGGAAGAUAAAGUCUGGAAUCAUAUAGAUUUUACUUUAGGUAAUGAUAUGAAUGUAACACUGUUUCCGCAUAUAUUUAAAUUGUUGAAUAAAUUAAAUAAAUGA